AUGGGGGCUGGGGCCAGCGCAGAGGAGAAGCACUCAAGGGAGCUGGAAAAGAAGCUGAAAGAAGAUGCUGAGAAGGAUGCUCGAACCGUGAAACUGCUGCUUCUGGGUGCAGGUGAGUCCGGGAAGAGCACUAUUGUCAAGCAGAUGAAGAUCAUCCACCAGGAUGGGUACUCUCUGGAAGAGUGCCUCGAGUUCAUUGCCAUCAUCUACGGCAACACGCUGCAGUCCAUCCUGGCCAUCGUGCGUGCCAUGACCACGCUCAACAUCCAGUACGGAGACUCUACGCGCCAGGACGAUGCCCGGAAGCUGAUGCACAUGGCAGACACCAUCGAGGAGGGCACGAUGCCCAAGGAGAUGUCAGACAUCAUCCAGCGACUGUGGAAGGACUCGGGUAUCCAGGCCUGUUUCGAACGCGCCUCGGAGUACCAGCUCAACGACUCCGCCGGCUACUACCUCUCGGACCUGGAGCGCCUGGUAACCCCGGGCUAUGUGCCCACUGAGCAGGACGUGCUGCGCUCGCGUGUCAAGACCACGGGCAUCAUUGAGACGCAGUUCUCCUUCAAAGACCUCAACUUCCGGAUGUUCGAUGUGGGCGGGCAGCGCUCGGAGCGCAAGAAGUGGAUCCACUGCUUCGAGGGUGUAACCUGCAUCAUCUUCAUCGCGGCGCUGAGCGCCUACGACAUGGUGCUAGUGGAGGAUGACGAAGUGAACCGCAUGCACGAGAGCCUGCACCUGUUCAACAGCAUCUGCAACCACCGCUACUUCGCCACCACGUCCAUCGUGCUCUUCCUCAACAAGAAGGACGUUUUCUCCGAGAAGAUAAAAAAGGCGCACCUCAGCAUCUGCUUCCCGGACUACAACGGGCCCAACACCUAUGAGGACGCGGGCAACUACAUCAAGGUGCAGUUCCUUGAGCUCAACAUGCGACGCGACGUGAAGGAGAUCUAUUCCCACAUGACGUGCGCCACCGACACGCAGAACGUCAAGUUUGUCUUCGACGCUGUCACCGACAUCAUCAUCAAAGAGAACCUCAAAGAUUGCGGCCUCUUCUGAGGUGGGCUCCUCGCAGGCCCGGAUGCUCCCUGUCGUGCUCCUUUGUCUCAAUAACCCGAGCCCCCGUCCCC